AUGAAAAAUGAAAUUAAAGAAAUACAUUCCAAAAUUGAGGUACUGGAAGCGAAACUUAAAACCAGAGAGCCAGAGACCCUCUCAGUUCCAGACCCAUUAGAACAAAUGACAGACUGUUCGACUGAUGACUACUUCAGACCACAGCAGAGAAGGAGAUCCAAUAAACGAAAAAGAAAUUUGACGGUCACCACGGACUUCGUGGCUAUUGGUGAUGGAAAUGCUGUGGUCCCAGCUAGGCUUCUUAAGCGCAUUGAUUGGACUUCAUUCACAAAUGCUACAAGAAAACUACUAACUGCUGUAUUUUCCAGAAAAGUACUGGCGACCCACUCUUUAACUGGAAAACUUUCACCAGCAUUUUCAGACAAACCGGCUAAAAAGAAGACAGAUGACUGCUGGAAAGACAGCCGAGGGCGACGGCCUAGCAAGCCCAGCCCGUUAAUAAUGACUACUGUGAUGAUAACAUCUGAAAUGGAUGCGGCUCUGGCCUUGUUGGAAUUACACAGAAAUAAUUAUGUGAGAGUAAAUACCCGACCAAUAGCCGAUAUGGAUGGGCCAGUUCACAUUGCAACAAUGUUUAACGGUUGCAUAACUUCCAAGAAUUCGCAUUCACCGAGUUCUAGCCGUAAAGAUAAAACAACCGCUGAACAAAAGUCGUGGAUGGUGACGUCAGGAAGGAAAAUACGAAAAACCAGUCCAGUCCCCAAGGAGAAAAUAAAAUACGAAGUAGCAACCCAAACGGAUAUCGAAAUAAAUAUACCUAAAAAAGAAAAAUUGGAAAAAGUAAUUAAAGAAUUACAUUCCAAAGUCGAGGUACUGGAAGCGGAACUUAAAACCAGAGAGCCAGAGACCCUUUCAGUUCCAGACCCAUUAGAACAAAUGACAGACUGUUCGAGUGAUGACUACUUUGGACCACAGCAGAGGAGGCGAUCGCAUAAGCGAAAAAGAAAUUUGACAGUCACCACAGACUUCAGUUCAAUUGGAGAUUACGAUUCUACAUUUAAUAAAGAUGAAGAUACUAUAGAGAAUGAUAAUAAGCGAAUAAAAAACGCUUUGACUCCAAAAAUUACUGUUAAAACUAAUAAAGACACGGUGCCUAUUGGAGACGGAAACGCUGUGGUCCCAGCCAGGCUUCUUAAGCAUAUGGAUUGGACUUCAUACACAAACGCAACAAGGAAACUACUAACUGCAGUAUUUUCGAGAAAAGUACUGGCGACCCACUCUUUAACUGGAAAACCUUCACCAGCAUUUCCAGACAAACCUGCUAAAAAGAAGCUAGAUCCAAUGCUAGUAAAUGACAUUGUGCAGACGGUCGUAGAAAAAUGUUGCGUCCCCGAAAAUGUUGUCAGGACCAGCAUCACCACAAAGUGUGCGGACGAAAAUAUUGUCCAGUAUUAUGCUGUGGUCCCAGCCAGGCGUCUCAAACAUAUGGAGUGGACUUCAUACACAAACGCUACAAGAAAACUACUAACUGCUGUAUUUUCCAGAAAAGUACUGGCGACCCACUCUUUAACUGGAAAACCUUCACCAGCAUUUUCAGACAAACCGGCUAAAAAGAAGACGGAUGACUGCUGGAAAGACAGCCGAGGGCGACGGCCUAGCAAGCUCAGCCCGUUGACAAUGACUACUGUGAUGAUAACAUCCGAAAUGGAUGCGGCUCUGGCCUUGUUGGACUUACACAGAAAUAAUAAUGAGAGAGUCAAUUCCCACCCUAUGGCCAAUAUGGAUGGGCAAGUUCAUAUUGCAACAAUUUUCAAUAGUUUCGUAAAUUCCAAGACUUCGCAUUCACCAAGUACUAGCCCUAACCCUACAACAACCGCUGAGCGAAAAUCGUGGAAGCUGUCGCCAGGAGGGAAAAGUCGAAAAACCAGUCUAGUACCAAAGAAGACAACAACAUACGAUAUAGCAACCCAAACGGAUAUCGACGUAGAUAACGAAUCUGAAAUAGAAAAAAUGAGAAAUGUUAUUAAAGGUUUAUGUGCCAGAAUAGAAGAACUAGAAGCGAAACUCAAAACCAAAGAGCAAGAGACUUCUUCAGUUACGGACUCAUUAGAACUAAUUACUGAUUAUUCGAGUGAUGACUUCAGACCACAGCAGAGGAGGCGAUCGCAUAAGCGAAAAAGAAAUUUGACAUUCACCACAGACUUCAGUUCAAUAGGAGAUUACGAUUCUACAUUUAGUAAAGAUGAGGAUACUAUAGAGAACGAUGUAAAGCGAAUAAAAGCUUUGACGCCGAAAAAUACUGUUAAAACUAAUAAAGACAAGGUGUCUAUUGGAGACGGAAACGCUGUGGUCCCAGCCAGGCUUCUUAAGCAUAUGGAUUGGACUUCAUACACCAACGCUACAAGGAAACUACUAACUGCUGUAUUUUCGAGAAAAGUACUGGCGACCCACUCCUUAACUGGAAAACCUUCACCAGCAUUUCCAGACAAACCUGCUAAAAAGAAGCUUGAUCCAAUGUUGGUAAAUGACAUUGUGCAGACGGUCGUAGAAAAAUGUUGCGUCCCCGAAAAUGUUGUCAGGACCAGUAUCACCACAAAGUGUGCGGACGAAAGUAAAAUGUUCCGCACACGAGAACAAAAUAAUAAAACGAAAAAGACCUCAAAAAAAGAAAACAUCACCCCUGACGAUGAAUCAGAAGUAAAUUCUAAUGUAAAGUACCUUAAAUGA